CCCAGCCCAACCCAAUUAGAAUACGAUGGGACGUCUAUCUCGAGACAAACGCGACGUCUUCUAUCGACUCGCCAAAGAAAAGGGCUACAGAGCUCGAUCAGCAUUCAAGCUGCUCCAGGUUGACGCCGAGUUCGACAUUUUCGGUGCCCGUGGGGCUCCUGCCUCACUCGGUAACACAAUUGAACCACUGCGCGUUCAACGAGCCGUCGAUCUGUGCGCCGCACCCGGUAGUUGGUCGCAAGUGCUCAGCGAUAAGCUUUACGAAUUAAAUCAUGCGACAGGGGAUGCCGGCGCAAAUUCCGAUCAAGCUUUAGACAUAGACGAACAACCCGAAGAACCUAGUAUUGUUGCAGUUGAUUUGCAGCCAAUGGCACCGAUUGAUGGCGUUUUGUGUCUACAGGGUGAUAUAACAGCUCAGUCCACCGCACAAGAUAUUAUUAAGCACUUUCAGGGUAAUCGCGCGGAACUCGUGGUCUGUGACGGCGCUCCCGACGUCACGGGACUGCACGACGUUGACGAAUACUUACAAGGACAGCUCUUGUUAAGCGCCAUGAUGAUCACCACCCACGUACUGUGCGAAAGGGGAACUUUUGUGGCCAAAAUAUUUCGUGGCCGUAACGUUGGAUUCUUGUAUGCACAAUUGCGACUGUUGUUUGAACGGGUCAGUAUUGCGAAACCCACCAGCUCGCGCAAUUCGUCCAUGGAGAGUUUCGUUGUGUGCCAGCGAUUUAAAGGAGCUCCGUACUUGAAUCUCCCUCAUGACGAGCUUUCUGAUCCUUUGGAUUCCAUCGAUAUUCCCUUUCUUGCGUGUGGCGACUUGUCCGACUGGAGUCCAUCCGGCGAGAUCUUGGAUGCAGACAAGAGCUACCCAAUCGAUGAGAGCCAGUAUAUUGCUCCUAUUGCGCCUCCAAUUCAACCCCCGUAUCAAACCAGCAUGGAAAAACAAGCGGAAGACCGGCGUAAAAAGGUGUGA